CUGCUAAAUUGGGAGCAUAGGGGAUUGGGAGGUGAAAGAACUGUCUUCGUUUUGUCGGCCAGACUGAGGAACUUCACGCUGUUACGGGUGUGGCUUUGUACGUGAUAAAUCUUUACGAAGAGAAGAAUGCAUAACGGCACUUAACGACUAAAUUAAACACAGAGGAAGAAGAGAAAAUAGAAUAGCUUCUUCACAGUGGGUAUGUGAAUUUUGGUUACAUUGCAAGUUGGCAACGGAAUCCAUCUGCUCUGCCGUCUUCACAGCUGGAAUACUUUUUACUGAAGUUCCGUGGGCCCAUUUCCUGGCGUUGUAACCUGCGAGGCUGAUCUUGAAAAGUGAACUUGACUGAUUUUAUUGACGCGCCUCAAAAGAAAUUGUUGUUACUCAAAUAGUGUCCGCGUAAUGACAGACAAAUUACUUUUCCGUAUUGGCUUGGAUAGCAUGUCACUGGGGUUGAAAAAAUAGGCGUCAAAUUUGGCUUUGGAAUAUUAAAAACGAGUCAACAUCUGGAAUAGAACUGAAUUGGGACUAAAUCGAAUAAAGUAUUUGUUUGCUGGUUUGUGGACGAAUCAAACUUAUAUCCCAGUCGUUUUUCUCAAAAGGGAAGUUUAAUUUCUCAACCUCACAACACUGUUCUGGGAACGCUUUUUUUUUCAAACGCUCCCAGGCAUACAGUCCUAAAUAGGCAACAUUUUUUGUGUGAUAUUGUCCGAAAAACAGCAGUCCUGAAGCGUGCACUUGGAACCAUGGGGUGCACAGUGAGUCAGGAAGAUAAAGCUGCACAAGAGCGGUCCAAAAUGAUUGACAAAAACCUUCGAGAAGAUGGGGAGAAGGCGGCGAGAGAAGUGAAACUGCUCCUGUUGGGUGCUGGAGAGUCGGGGAAGAGCACUAUUGUGAAACAAAUGAAGAUCAUCCAUGAGGAUGGCUACUCAGAAGAGGAGUGUAAGCAGUACAGAGCUGUGGUCUACAGCAACACAAUUCAGUCCAUCAUGGCCAUCGUCAAGGCCAUGGCCAACCUCAAGAUCGACUACGAAGACGCAGCCAGAGCGGAUGAUGCCCGCCAGCUGUUUGCCCUGUCGGGGGCUGCUGAGGAGCAGGGCAUCCUGCCAGAUGACCUGUCCAAUGCCAUGCACCGGCUGUGGGCCGACGGAGGGGUGCAGGGCUGCUUCACCCGCGCCCGCGAGUACCAGCUCAACGACUCUGCUGCCUACUACCUGAAUGACCUGGAGAGGAUAGCCAAAGCAGACUACAUCCCCACACAGCAGGAUGUGCUGCGGACCAGAGUGAAGACCACUGGCAUUGUGGAGACACACUUCACCUUCAAAGACCUACACUUUAAAAUGUUUGACGUGGGUGGUCAGCGUUCCGAGAGGAAGAAGUGGAUCCACUGCUUUGAGGGAGUUACAGCCAUCAUCUUCUGUGUGGCCAUGAGUGCCUACGAUCUGGUGCUGGCUGAGGAUGAGGAGAUGAACCGUAUGCAUGAGAGCAUGAAGCUGUUUGACUCCAUCUGCAACAACAAGUGGUUCACAGAGACCUCCAUCAUCCUGUUCCUCAACAAGAAGGAUCUGUUUGAGGAGAAGAUCACACACAGCCCCCUGACCAUUUGCUUCCCAGAGUACUCUGGUCCCAACAAAUUUGAGGAGGCGCAGGCCUACAUCCAGACCAAGUUUGAGGAUCUGAACAAGAAGAAGGACACCAAGGAGAUCUACAGCCACUUCACCCAAGCCACCGACACCAAGAACGUUCAGUUUGUCUUUGACGCCGUCACCGACGUCAUCAUCAAGAACAACCUGAAGGACUGUGGUCUCUUCUAGAGCCUGAGAAAUAGUCAAGGUCAGCUUCUACAUAAAUGCACAGAAACCAGCUAGUUAAUGUGUUUUGAAUGAAAACUUUAAGGUUCAUUUUGGAUGCAUUAACCUCUCCCUCUCUCUGUGUUCCCUCCGAUUACUUGAACAGCUCUGACUAUAAGGAAGUUUGGAAGAAAAACGUUGUGAAGGAAUGCACUGGCCCACCACAAUUUCUGCUUUGCUCUGCUUUUGUUAAAGGCACCUAAGAGACUGAGAACUCGGAGAGCAUUGCAGAAUUUCAACGAUUGCUGAUCCAGUUGCUCGUAUUGUUAACUCUUUGGGCUAAGACCACAAAUCAAACAUUUGUUAUUUGUUUUUUUUCUUAGUUUAUUUUUAAUUAUUAGAGGCAUUGGAAAAGGUUUUCAUAUAAAUGCGUUCAUUUUACUUUAGGAAAUGUGAUGUGCAGUGCAAAUUCUAUUCAACUUUUAAUCGCAUAAAGCUUAUUUUGUAAAAGAAGAACGUGCAUGGAUAGAGAUUAUGAAUGGGAAAAGGAAGUGCUUUUUUUUUUAUCAUGUUUACAUAUGUUCCUCAUUCAUAGCCAAACCGCAUAUUUUUCCUGCAUGACUCGAGAUGGCAAAUAUAUUCGCUCUGUAAUCUGCACAGAAUAUUUUAACAUUCCUUUUACAAAAUCUAAAUAAAAAUAUUAAAAAGUAAAACAAAAAAACCUUCACAACCAGGGGAAGGAAUGGCAACAAAUUCUAACUGAUUUAAAGUAUGUAUGUACCUAACAUUAUUUUUUAUAAUACCAACUCCAUGUCUUUUGCAGUAUGUUUGUGCCUUCACUUAAGUUUACAGCCAAUUCAUAGAUAUGCUUUUAUCAGUACUGUUUGACCCACUGUAUGCCUACAUUUCUCUUCCAUUUUUCUCACACCAUCUUAACGAUAAAUAGUGAUCGAGGAAAGACUAAAUCUAAUUGGGAAAAAGUUAGUUUUGUGGUCAAUAUUAAAAUGCUUUGAAAGUCUUAAAUAAUGAUUUAAUUUAAAUACAAAUAAAGAUCAUCUGAUUUA